AUGCAGUUCGAGCCUCCGAUUAAACCAGCUGACAUGACUGUUAACAUAACUGAUGGCGAAAACAGCAACCAAGGCAUUGACUCGAAUGGCAUUGUUACAGGCCGCUGGAAGACUGGUAUCUUUGGAUUUACUGACUCAAUAGUGCCCAAUGGUAUUAUGUCUUGCUGUUGUCCUGGUCUCGUGGUAGCUCAAAUUUCGGCUCGGCUGGGAAUGACGCCAUUUUAUCACGUACUUGGUAUCGUCGGAGGGCUAUACCUAUUGGCGCUUAUUGCAAUAACGAGUCACAGUGGCUUUCUUGAGUUUCUCUUUUGGCUGUGCUUCGUCAUAUCGGCCCUAUGCAUGAUGCGAUUACGAUGGCGCAUCCGCUCACUUUUUAGCAUUCCUGGAACGAGGAAAUCCACACCCACCUUGUUUCCACUUCCGUCCGACGAAUCAUAUUUACCUCCGAACGCAUUGCUUGACGUAAAGCUUGAGAUUGUGUCAGCUAAAAAUAUCAUUGCUGGCGAUUAUUUGGGUGUCACAGCGCUUCUUAAAGGUCAACUUACUUCCAGCGAUGCUUACGUCGUAAUUAAAGUGAAUGGACAGCAAGUGGCUUGGACACAUCCCGUCUUCUCCACCUUAAAUCCUGUCUGGAACGAACAGUUUUUUUUUCGAAAUGUCCAGCCUGACGAGCUGUGCGAAUUGCAUCUAUACGAUAAGGAUGUAAAUGCAGAUGAUGAUCUUGGAGAGACGCAAUUUGUAGCAGUCAACACAGACGGCAUCGAAUCGACUUUUGAGCUGGCUAUUUCACUUCAUGGCAGAGCUGCCGGUACCAUUGUGGUUAAAGUCAAAUCGUUUCCAAUCGAGUCUACGGGUUGUGGUCCAUUUUACGAAUAUGGUCCGGUUCGUUACUCCGUGCAUUCAAGUGUAGCUGCUGGCCUCAUGACCAUGUCAACAUCAAAUGCUGCACGGAUUGAGUCAUUGGCGUACCAUAUUCAACUUCACAAUAUACCGCUAUUUUUGCGUACGGAGCAUGAGUGGAACAGGAAUUAUCCAGCUAUUCAACGAAUCUUUUCGCCUGAUUAUCCCGAGUCUGCAGUACUUCGUCAAGCCAUUAUGACACAACACGCUGUCAUUUACACACACGGCCCCAAAAAGUCAACUUACGGGGCCAUUUCGUCUUCAUUGGAAUUCUUGCAGCUCAUUCAAAAUGGUCGUCGUCAAGAGACCGGUGCAGCCUUUUUUAAAGAUAUGUUAUCAAAACAUAUGCUUCACUCUGGUGCCGCGUUUUCUGUUAUGUAUGCGGGUGAGUUUCACAUUGAUGAUAAUUUGUUUGGAGAGCCGAAACUUGUUAUCGACAAUGAUAGCGGCACGUAUGCACCACCAAAAGAAGAUUUGCCGCGGCUCAAAGCACUGAUGGAGAAUAAUUUUCCUGGUUUGGCUAUAGAGGCGUUGGAUCGUGAAAACGAAAAUUCGCAGAGAACACGCAAGGCAAUUUUGGAUUCGUGGGCAUAA